GGUACAACCAUGGAUUACAGCCAUAACACAUACAUACACAUACAUAAAAAAAAGAAAAACUUUCAAAUUUCCAAACCCCAAAAUCCCCAAUUCUACAAAUGUAAGUAAAACAAAAUAAGCAAAACAUCACAAAAAAAAAUCAAAUCUUGAAACAUGGGGUGUGGCAAUAUCUUCUUCACACUAAUCAUAACAUUCUCAGUAGCAUUAAUCACAUACAACAUCAUAAUUUCAGCUAAUGCCCCACUAAAGCAAGAGCUACCAGGAUCAUCCUCAUCAUCAUCAUCACAAGGGGUUGAUUUUCUUUCCGUUGACCCGAUAAUUAAGAUGCCAAGAAACAGAAAGUCAGCGUUGACCAACAAGAAAAGAUUGUUUCACACUGCUGUUACUGCUUCCGACUCUGUUUAUAAUACUUGGCAAACAAGGGUUAUGUAUUAUUGGUUUAAAAAAAUGAAGAAAAAUGGUGGGAGUGAUUGUGAAAUGGGUGGGUUUACAAGGAUCUUGCAUUCUGGUAAAGGUGAUAAAUUUAUGGAUGAGAUCCCUACUUUUGUGGCUCAGCCAUUGCCUGCUGGUACAGAUCAGGGUUAUAUUGUUCUAAAUAGACCCUGGGCAUUUGUGCAAUGGCUUCAACAAACAGACAUUGAGGAAGACUAUAUAUUGAUGUCAGAACCUGAUCAUAUUAUUGUAAAGCCAAUACCAAAUUUGUCUCGAGAUGGUCUUGGAGCAGCGUUCCCAUUCUUCUACAUUGAACCUAAAAAAUAUGAGCCCGUUCUAAGAAAGUUCUUCCCUGAAGAGAAGGGGCCGAUAACCAAUAUUGAUCCUAUUGGAAAUUCUCCUGUUAUUGUUGGAAAGGAAUCUCUUAAAAAAAUAGCCCCCACAUGGAUGAAUGUGUCGUUGGCGAUGAAAAAAGACCCUGAAGCUGACAAGGCUUUUGGUUGGGUCCUCGAGAUGUAUGCUUAUGCUGUUUCGUCUGCUUUGCAUGAUGUUGGCAACAUUUUACACAAGGACUUCAUGCUCCAGCCCCCAUGGGACACAGAAAUUGGCAACAAGUUUAUAAUACACUACACAUACGGAUGCGAUUAUGAUAUGCAGGGGAAGUUGACGUAUGGAAAGAUUGGGGAGUGGAGAUUUGACAAAAGAUCAUUUGAUAACAUCUACCCUCCAAGAAACCUUCCGCUACCCCCACCUGGCGUCCCCGAAAGUGUGGUAACUCUUGUGAAAAUGGUGAACGAAGCCUCACAAAACAUUCCAAACUGGGGACCUUAAGCCUUGCAGAUAGAUUAUAUGCAGUGCGUGUUACAAAACUAUAUGUAUAUUUCCUCUGCCCUCGAUACAACAUAGGCUUGCCAUCAGCUGGGUACACAUCAUAACAGAGUUUGACAUUGAAGCUAUUUACGGGUCUAACGUUUAAGUGCAUUUUAUAGAGAAGUCUUAUUCUAUUUUCAUCUCAUUACUUGACCUUCAGGAUGUUACGGUAUAAAAUGUGGACUAAAUACAGUUCAAGUUAUAAUGAAAUUCUAUUUUCUUCUGAA